AUGUCAUUUCGAGGAUGGAUUGUGUUGUUUUGCGCGCUACAUGUGACCCAUUCCUCUUCACUGAUUGAUAGAAUAUGCAAAAUCAACAGGUCUUUCAAUGGCUGUGCCUCGCGGACCAAGGAAAGGAACAACGGAACGCGAUCCAAGUGGAUUCGUGCGGAUGAGCUGUCGGAUGAGGACCAGAAGUUUCUAAGACUGGCUCGACAAACGGGAGACGAUCCAUCUUGCAAAACCUUGAAAACCGAGUACGAUCAGGUCUGCUUCACACCGCCACUGCCGCAAGCUUUCGAAGAGACGAAGGAGUUCUGUGACGCUUUCGUGGAAACGUGUCCUGAAACACUCAAAACAAAUUUGUUCACCCAUUUAACUGAACUCAAAAUCGACUUCUCAGCGUACUGCAAGAAAUCGAGGGAACGUUUCCAGUACGUCUGCCCAAAGCCGUUCCGAUUCAAAACCUAUGCAGAACAGGCAGUCGACUUUUGCAUUCGAUAUAAAGAGCGGUGCCCAGGGACGAGUCUGCCUGACGAGCCAGUGCCAUUCAAAAAAGAGGACGAGUCUCACAUCUACAUCAGAGAGAUUCAGUCGGCAUGCAAGAAUAUGUACCGCGGAGCACGAACGUACUGCUUUCAUCCGGAACUUCUCAAAUACCCAAAAUAUGCGAUCCCGUGUGCUCUCUACAAGAUGACGUGCAUUGAUGUUUACAACAAAGUCAUCUACGGA